GUGCCAGCUAGCCAGCUUACAGACGAGUUGGAGCGAGUUGGGGCUGUCGCAUCGCACAUGUCGACGCGGGUGGAGAACCCCUUUGACAGCGACCGUUGGCGCCACGCAGUCACACCCCGAUCACAGAGUACCCCGAGUGUCGUCACGUUGCUGCAGCCGAUGCAAGUGGAGACGCUUGAAUCGCCCAAUGACAGCAUCUAUGAGUGGGAUCUCCCUGCAAGCCCGAAUGAUGAAAGCAGCGAGGUGGUGUGCAUCCAAGCACAAAAUGGAGCCACCACAGCUGAGGUCGAGCUAUCGGCACAAGGAGGGCCAGCUGACCUGCAACCUGCUGUCCCACCACUGGCUUCCCCGUUACAGGCUACCCCACAAAACCCAGCUCCUGUGCAACGCAGAACGCUCGCAAAGAGGGCAGCUGUUGAAGAAGAGCUUAGCGCCCGCCUUAGCAGCGUUGAGGAAGAUAAUAAACGAAAGACGAGGGAGCACUUGCUCAAGAUGAAGCUGAUGAGAGCUGAACAUGCUCUCCAUAUGAGGCAAUCAAAACAAAUGCAUGAGCUUGACUGUGCUAGCAAAAAGGCUAAGCUCGAGCUGCUAAUGCUGAAAAUAGAUGCCGUGAAAAAAGCAAGUAAGUAA